AUGCGCCGCUCCGGAGUGACGCUCCUCCGGGAAGCGCCGCGACGGGCGGGGAAAAGGGCCGGGAAGUCGCCGCCGCCGCCACCCGGCCAUCCUCCUCGUGCCCCUCGACGGAGGGACCUUCCCGGGAGCCGCCUUAAGCGGGUGCGUGACUCUUCUGAAUAUCCGGAGAGAAGGCAAAUGGAUCCGGCAGGGAGCCAGGCGGCGCGCCCCGGGCUCGACGGCGCCGCUGCGGACCCGCUCCUCCUCCCGCGGCGAACAGCUGCCUGCUGAGCCUGCCGACGGGAGAGCAGCGCGGCCAGGAGGGCUUGGCACGCGGGGAAGGGCGAUGGACGGGGCGAGCGCCCUGCCUGGCUGCCUGGCUGGCUGCGUCUUGUGCGCUCCGGCGCUGCGCCUCUUGCUGCGCUCCGCCCCAGAGCGGCAUUAGGGGCGGUGAACGGGGUCCGGGAGCUGCCGGCCUGGGCUGGAGCACGUGGGGUGGGGAAGGGGCUCGCUCCCUCACCCCCCCCCCCAGUGCAGGGAAAGGAAACUGGCUGCCUGGUGCCAAGUCAAGAGGGCGGCCCCCACCUCUCCAGAGGGGCCUCUUCGCCAGCCCUGCCUGGGAAUGACUGAAAGCGUUCGGUCUACCCCUGAACUAUGACUCAUUCCCAAGCAAGCAAGGAUUCUAGUCCUCAUUAUUCUGAGUAAAGGGGCGAAGCAGUGGGAACGUAAAACGCUGCCUUGUAGCAAGUCAGUCCUUUGUCUAAUGACUGGCAGUGGGGGGUGGCAGGCAGGGGUCCCCCCCCCCCGCCCCCCCUGGAGAUGCUGCCAUUGGGGGUUGAGUCCCAGGCCUCCUGCAAGCAGAGAUGGAUGCUUUGCAACUGAGCUGUGGUGGCCCCUGCCCUCCUCCUCAUCCGCUGCUGACAAAAACAGGAUGCUGCACUGAAUGAGGCGACUUCCUUCUCUCUCUCUCUCUCUCUCCCCCCCCCAUUAUCCCAUCCACUGGUGCUUAAUCCAUGGUGCCUGAUUCACACGGGCACUUGUGAACCCUCUCAGCCUUCUUUCUAUAUUUUAUUUAGCCCGCAAAGUCUGUACAAUGCUCAGUUGGAAAAGAAAAGCUCAAAGCAGUUCACAAGAAAAUGAUCAAAUUAUCAGUAAGAAAAAAAUAACAAACAAUAAUUUAAAACUUUUAGGGAGCUGAAGCAGCCAUAGACUAAAAACAGCGGCAUCAGUGGUCUAAGGACCUUGAGUCCCCAGAUGCCACAUUCUGGCACAAUUUGUUUGUUUGUUUGUUUUGUAUAACACCCUGAUUAGGUAGAAAUCCCCAUAAUCCACAAAUGAAGUAUUGAAAUAAAUGUUUGUCAAUACAGGGAAGAGAGCCGGGGGUCUUAAGUGCAUAGCAAAUUUGUGCCAGGGGACAGCUAAGAGGGUGUUGCUAGAAAAGCUGUCUUGUUUUGCAGGAGAAGCGUCUUACUGUGGCAACUGUUCCAAAGUCGGAGGGGCACAGAAGACCAGCCCCCAGCAGGACAUCUGUCCAGCCGUCCAGUCGCUGUGGGACUCCUGAGAGUCUCCGUGCCGGCGAGACAUGUCAGCCCCUCAGAUCCUGGUCACUGUCUGCGAUGACGGGGCACCGGUAGGUUUCCUGGGCCCCUGGGGCUUCUGAUCCUCAGGAACUGAAAGCGGGUAGCUGGGGAAGGAGCUGCGGUGGGCUUGCCUCAUAACUGUGGGGUGAGGACGGCCGCUUGCUCUGCCAAGACACUAAAUCAGAGGUUGCCUGUUGCCAAAGGCCCCAAACUAUAGAAUGGUUGAGUUGGAAGGGACACCAAGGGUCAUCUAGUCCAACCCCCUGCAAUGCAGACGUCUCAGCUAAAGCAUCCAUGUGAGAUGGCCCUCCACCUUCUGCUGAAAAACCUUGUUAUGGAAAUUACGGGGGAGGGGCACAUCUUUAAAGUUGUUAAAUGUUACAAAUAUUAUGCCUGAAUGUAUCCUUUCGACUUGACAGCUCAGGGAAGUUACCUAGCUUUAACAAUCAUAUGUAGUCAACUCCUUUGCCAGUUUCCUCCAUUUCAACACUAUUCCGCCCUUGGAAAAAGGAUCUUUUCCCUGCUGCCACCUCCCCAAGCGUGAAGACGUGUGUACACACCUCCUACCCCAGGAAGUGCCCAGAGGUGACAAUCGCUGAGCUGAUUGUUGGCCAAGGAAAGCCUAACCCCAUCACCGGACUUGCCGAGGGGUCCAGACAUGCAAAGGAAGUUCUAUUGGACUUUGGGUGGUGGGACUUCAGAGGUCUUUGCCUAUGUUAAUCUUAUACCUGAGUCUUGUCCUGCCAUGUCUGCUAAUACUAAUCUUGUACCAAAGACUUGUCUGGACAUGUUUGCCAAGGUGGAACUAGUGUAACCCCCGUCUACCCCUCCCCUUUUGUGACAUAUCAGUGAUGUAGCAAUGAUGCUGUACGAACUGUAUUCUGGGAUAUGGUGGGAAAGUUUUGAAAGUCCUUGUCACCCCAUCCUCGGGGUUCAAAUUUGCUUUUGAACCUAUUGCGCAAUAAACUUUGGUCUACAGCUAUUUGCUCCGGUUGGUGGCUGGACUCCUUCCUUCAUUCCGCAGGGACCCGCGGGCUCUGCCCGACCAGCUGGGGGACUGAGCAGCCUCACACCUAGAUUUUUCUGUAACAACCUCCAAGGCAAGGAAGGAGAGUCCGCCACCUUCCAAAGGAGUCCAUUCCGCUGUCAAACAGCUCUUGCCAUCUUCCUAAUGUUUAACCUGAAUCUCCUUUCAUGCCAUUGGAAUUGGUCGGUUCGAGUCCUGCCCUCGGGAGCAGGAGAAAACAAGCCGGCUCCAUCUUCCAUGGGACAAAUUCUCAUGGGAACUCCAGGAGGGGAGAGGGCUGCUCUUUGGCAGGUGACCCUUUGGGUUGGCCGCUGUAGGAGAAUGGAAGGGCCAAGGUCCUGCUGAGCGGGUGCUGGGCUGCCCCCCUGCCUGGGGUCCCAGCCUGGAGAGAGGGAAAGCACCUGGCAGACAGGCAGGAUGGUGCUCAGGACCACGACUGAGCACCCCCUGGCCUUCAGCCUGCCUCUUUCCAGCUCAGCCCCUCUCAUAAGCUCCUUAGCCACUGGCGGCAAUCACUUUCUCGUGUUAAUAGGAUCAUGGCGGAUCAGGGAGUCUGCCUCCACGCAGGGAGCGGGCGCAGGGCACCCACGUCUGGGGCAGCACCUCUGGGCAGGGGAGCUCUCUUUGGGGUGGGGAGGUGGCAACUCAGCAUCCGUGCCCCAUUCCCUCCUCUCUUUCCCCAUUGCAGCCCCAGCCGGACCGAGACGCCGCAGACGACGGGGGUGGCAGUGGCCCGGGGGUCUCCAGCCCAGUGGCGGUGAGUGAUGGGGGCUGGUGACUGAUGGGGCCAGAAAGGGGUCAGGUGCUUCUGGGGAGAAGACAGGGGACUCUGCGUGGGGCUGGUGGAGAUCCUGCAAGAGGGGGGACUACUGGAUUAAGACAACGGCUCACAACACAAAUCCAUAAAGGCAACACAGUCAAAACAUACAGAAAACUUAAGAAAUGAGCCUCAGUGGGGAGACUGAGAGGGUCUUCCUCCUUCCAGCUGGAGCCCCUGGAGAAGGAGUGGCUGCAGGCAGCGGCCGGGGGCCACGUGGCCACCCUCAGCCACCUGCUCCAGCAGGACCCCACCCUCACCGCCAAGAAGGUAAGAUCGCCCAGCGGCUGGGCCCCUCGCAGUCAGUGCCCAACUUGGCCAGCCCAGGCCGGUUCCAAGGGAGGGAGAGGCGAGAGAGCAAGACUUGAGGCCAGCUGGUUCUCCCUGCCUGGGAGAGUCCAGAGGCCUGCAAGGAAGGGGCGGUCUGGCCCGGGCACCCAGCGUCCCCUCCCUCUGCCAAGGAGGGCCUGCUGCUAGAUUGGGGGGGGGAAUGGGGGUGCCAGAGGCGGAUUUAGGGCAGCGCAACUGGUUCCCCUGCUCAGUGGUGGAGCUUCAUGCUCUGGCACUGGGGGGGCAGAGAGCAGGCAGGGGCGGGGCUGGUGCCCAUCCUGGGGGCAUGGCGCGCCACCUGUAAGGGCAUGGCACGCAUCCUGGGGGCCUGGUGUGCCACCCAUAGGGGUCCGGCACCCAGCACGGGUGGGGGGGCAGCAGCGAUGGCUCCCCGUUGGGAUCGUGCUGCCGGGGGCGGUGCGCUCCCCCCGCACGCCUCUUCCUCCGCCAGUGCCCCUGCUCUGGGUGCUGAGCCCGGGGGGCACUGCAGGGCGUUGCAACUCUGCUGUAAUGAAUUGAGCAGAACGGAAGAGACGGGGGUCGGGGUCAAUGGGUUUUGGCCUUGCACAGGGCACUGUUGAAACUGGAAAGACCCCAGUCCGCCUCUAGGAUCACCUGCAUCUGAAGGGGCUCCCUCGUGCUUGCCGCCCUCCCGGCGCUGACUUGAGCCCCUCUUUUCUCUCCCUCCCGUGACGCUCCGGCUGCUGCUUCCAGGAUUUCACCUCGGUGA